AUGGCGACGACCGGGAGAGGUAUUAUUCUGAGCGGGAAAUUGAAAAAGAAAACUGAUCGCAGUCGGCGUGAUGUUAAUUCACCAAGGUGUCAGCCAUACAAGGUUAUACGCCGAGAUGCAUGCCGGGUCUAUGAUCGGAUUUAUGCAGCUAUAUAUGGUCAAUGCGUGGGUGAUGCCCUGGGAUUAUUGACAGAAACUCAGUCAAAAGAAGAAGCUAAAAAGUUAUAUGGGCCCGUGUGCAACAAGUUCCAGCUAGUCCACAAGAAGAUGUUGGCGGAUGCACAUCGUCGCAAGUGGGAUGUGUAUGACUGGACUGAUGAGACUGAUCACAUGAUCAUCCUCAUUCAGUCAUUGGUGGAGAACAAGGGACAGGUGAUGCCGGAGGACAUAGCCAAGCGGUUAAUGGAAUGGUUGGAGCGCGGCUUCCCUGACCUGGGCGAUGUGUGUGGCCCUGGGUUGUGCAGUUUCACCAAGAAUGUGAUCAACCAUCCUCAGUUCUCUGAGGCGCCCAACAAGGCAGCUGAGAUCGUGUGGCGGGACUGUCGCAGUCUGAGAGCCACUAACUGUGCCCUGGCCCGCGCCCCCAUGUCAGGAAUACAUUACUACCACGUCCUGGGCAAAGUGAUCAAGAACUCCCUGGAUGUAUGUUCCAUCACACACGCAGAUCCCAGCUGUCAAGCAUCAUGUGUUGCCGUGGCAACAGUCAUGUCAGCCUUGCUGCAGAAAGACGAGAAGCACUUGAAGAAGACGGGAGACUAUGAUAUUGAUUCCAUCAUUGAGGAGGCCUUCUCCUAUGGCUGUCGAUGUAUGUUGAAUCAGCCUUAUUCUGAUAUUAAGGAGUUCAAGAAGAUCCUGUACACAACAUCACUUAAAGACCUGAAGCUGGAUGAAAGAGGCAAGAUGAAUCACACCUAUAAGACGCUUGGAGCAGGGUUCUGGGCUCUCAAGCAGAAGGACUUCCGCACAGCUAUACGAGAUAUUGUCAUGGAGGGUGGUGAUGCUGAUGCUAAUGCCUCUCUAGCAGGGGCCUUCUUGGGAUGUAAGCUGGGACUGGACGCCAUCCCAUCCACCUGGAUCCAGGACCUCAAGCACCGGCGUUGGCUGGACAAGGUCAUAGACAGUUACUUCAACAUCAUGGAGAAAGGAAGAUUUCAUCCUAAGAUUGAAACUACAGUAUAGCAGAAGAGGAUUAAAAGACACAGCCUUAGUAUUUCCAUUACUGCUCAAUAUUAACCAUGACAGACUAAGUCUCUGUAGUCAGACACACAUACUACAUCAUUUAUUGGAGCUAAGAGGGCUUUUGGCAUUAUUUAAGUAGGAGUGAUUGCUGGAACGAUUGCUCUUCUCUGUAAAUAAAUAAAUAAAUAUUUUGCAAACAACUGACAAAAUCACACCCUGAUUGACUGAUGUCUUGUGGCUGCUUUCCAAUGCUUGGUGCUAAAGUAAGUUUGUUAGAAUAUGUAAAUGCCGGUGUUAGUACAAAAAGAAUUGAUAAUAACAGGUUUUGUUUUGAAAUACUGUUAAUGGUUUUCUAAUAUUGCAAAGAUCUUAAAGUAUAUUUAUCAGCAAUAUUAUAUUUCAAACAUUUUUCAUGAAAUGUACUGAAUGGGAAAAAUGUUAUAUGAACUUGAAAAAGAUUCCUGAAAUCAUGGAGAUUUAUGUGGUGUUCUGUGUAGUUCUCUGACUGGGCUGCACAUGGGAAUAGUCCCUUGAACUACAUAGAAAACAACUGUCAUUUGAUUGUACAUCAUUCUGCUGGUUUCUUUAUGUACAUAGUGUUCAAAAAGCAAAGGAAAUCACUCGCAAGUCAUCGUGACUGUAUUGUUGGAAGUUGUAUAUAUAAAAUCCUGCUGCUGUUAUAGACAUCCUAGUACAUAGAGAAUCUCGCCCAAGUGUCUUCUGAUAUCAAUUAUGUCAACCCAAGUUGAUAACAUUACAAACAUCCAAGGCCUGUCAAGGGUAUUUUAACUUUAAUCAACGAGUGUUGAUAUAUUUGAGAUCAGAAGACACGAGGGUGAGAUUCUAUUUAU